UCCAAGUGUCUCGGCAGUUAUAGUCGUUUAUUAGAAGAGAUAGCCAGCUCCGAUCCCACCUUCUUUUGUUACUUGUUCUAUAUUUUGGUUCCACGCAACCACAGCCUUGGGCAAGUUGGUUUAUCGCCAUAAUCCAAGACACCACUCGAGUAACAGAAGAUCGUGGUGUAAAAAAUAGUUGAGCCGUUCGGCAUCUAUCCAUAAUGGCUUCCUCGGUGGCCUCGGGCGUUUCACGCCAGAAUCCAGCUCUUCGUAGAACCGUCACCUCUACCACAGACACAGAUAUUUCGUCACCAUCCACUGCCAUGGGCUCUCCUAUCGACUCCCCUAGACCCUCAGCGUCGUCUACGUCGCUUUCUUCCAUGUCCUCCAUCGAGCCCAAUAACGCCUCCCAUGGCAAGUUAGUCGACACGUACGGUAAUGAGUUUGAGAUCCCCGAUUACACCAUCAAGGAUAUUCGCGAUGCUAUUCCUAAGCAUUGCUUUGAACGAUCCGCCGUCAAAGGCUUAUGUUACGUCUUCCGUGACAUCGCUCAGCUAGCCACGACGUUCUACCUCUUCCAUACAUAUCUCACUCCCGAGAAUGUGCCCUCUACCCCAGCUCGUGCUGUUCUAUGGGGUCUGUAUUCUUUCAUUCAAGGCCUUUCCGGAACUGGUGUCUGGGUUUUGGCUCACGAAUGUGGCCAUCAGUCAUUCAGCACCUCUAAAGUGCUUAACGACACUGUUGGCUGGAUUCUACACUCUUCCCUUCUAGUGCCGUACUUUAGCUGGAAGAUCUCUCACGGAAAGCACCACAAAGCAACCGGAAACAUGGAGCGCGACAUGGUUUUUGUUCCCAAGACCCGAGAGGAAAGAGCCAGUCGCAUCGGCAAGCUGGUCCAUGAACUUAGCGAAAUCGGCGAGGAGACGCCUAUCGUAACAUUCCUCCAUCUCGUUGGGCAACAACUCAUUGGAUGGCCUAACUACCUACUAACGAACGUUACCGGCCACAAUUUCCACGAGCGGCAAAGCGAGGGUCGCGGAAAGGGAAAGAAGAAUGGUUGGUUUACCGGAGUGAACCACUUCAACCCUUCCAGCCCGCUUUACGAGGCUAAGGACGCCAAGUUGAUUGCUCUGAGCGACCUUGGUCUGGCUAUCACUAUUACUGCGCUAGUAAUUCUCGGCAACAAGUUCGGCUGGGGGAAUCUCUUCGUCUGGUAUUUCAUACCUUAUUUCUGGGUUAAUCACUGGCUUGUUGCCAUCACCUUUCUUCAGCACACUGAUCCAUCUUUGCCUCACUAUCAGCCAUCGUCGUGGAACUAUGUUCGUGGUGCUGCCGCAACCAUUGACCGCGAAUUUGGAUUUAUUGGUCGACAGAUGCUACACGGCAUCAUCGAGACUCACGUCCUCCACCACUACAUUUCCACCAUCCCAUUCUACAAUGCCGACGAGGCCAGCGAUGCCAUCAGGAAAGUGAUGGGACGCCACUAUCGGUCGGACACCAAGGAUGGCUCUAUUGGCUUCAUUAAGGCUAUGUGGCGCUCUGCAAGAAUGUGCCAGUGGGUUGAGCCCAGUGAGGGUGCCAAAGGUGAAGGCAAGGGGGUUCUAUUCUUCCGGAAUACCAACGGUCUAGGCCCUAAGCCAAUGAAGAUGAGCCCCCCCACCAAGGGAAUGAAGAUUGGGGCGGAAGAGUAAAUUGACCCGAUGGAUUCGCUCCAAAUUCAUUAGGGGCGUGGUUUAUAGCACUGGUCGGCCUUGUCAGUAACCAUUGGAUACGGCCAACCGGCAGAAUAUGCUGAUUGGCGUAUUCCCAGCUGUGUUCAUUCUG